GUGCGUUCAUUCGUGCGUUCGUUUGUAACUACGUUCUUGCGUGCGUGGGUUCGAUCUUUUGUAAAUUGUUUUCUUCUAUCUUCCCUUCAUGCGUUCUUUUGGCCGCCUAUCCGUCCGUUUGUUCAUUCAUUGUUUUUCGGCUGUUCUUCUGUCCAUCCGUGCGUUCUUUCCUCGUUCGUUUGUUCGUUUGCAGGUUUUCAUCAAAAUGUGUCUUUCCACUGCCAUAUGAAAGAAUGUAAAUAAUCAAGAAAGCAAGCAAGGACGUGAGGAAGUAAACAAGCAACGAAGUAAGUAAUUGAGUUAUCAAGCAAGUAAAGAAUGGAGGAAGUAAAUCGAAGAAGUGAAGGUGGGAGUAAUAUAAGUAAGCAAGGAAGGAAAAAAGGAAGGAAGGAGGGAAGGAAAGAAGCAAGGAAGCAAUGAAGGAAGGAAGGAAGGAAGGAAGCAAGGAAACGAGAAAGCGAGGAGGGAAUAAAGCGAGGAAGCAAGCAAGGAAGCAUCUGAGGAAGAAAGGAAGGAAGAAACCGAGGGAGCAAGGAAGGAACGAUGCGAGUAAAGAAUUAAGCAGGGAAGCUAGCAAGUAAGGAAGCGAGGAAGCCAGGAAGCAAAGAAGGAAGGAAAUGAGGAAGCAAGGAAGGAAGGAAGCAAGCAAAGACGCAAGGAAAGGAAGGAAAAAAGCAAGGAAGGAAGAAGGCGAGAAUGCAAGGAAGCAAGGAGGGAAGAAAACAAGGAAGAAAUGAAGCGAGAAAAGAAGGACACGAGGAAAGAAUGAAGGAAACGAGGAAACAAGGAAGGAGGAAAGGAGGAAGUGAGGAAGGAAGGAAGCAAGGAAGGAAGGAGGGGAGUGAGGAAGGAAGCGAUGAAGCAAGGAAAGAAAGAAGCGAGGAAGCAAGGAAGGAGGAAAGAUGGAAGCGAGGAAGCAAGAAAGGAAUGGAGCGAGAAAGGAAGGACGUGAGGAAAAAAACGGAAGAAGCGAGAAAGCAAGGAAUGAGGAAAAAAGGAAGCGAAGAAGGAUGGAAGCAAGGAAGGAGGGAAGUGAGGAAGGAAGGAAGCGAUGAAGCAAGGAAAGAAGGAAGCGAGGAAGCAAGGAAGGAGGAAAGAUGGAAGCGAGGAAGCAAGAAAGGAAUGGAGCGAGAAAGGAAGGACGCGAGGAAAAAAACGAAAGAAGCGAGGAAGCAAGGAAUGAGGAAAAAAGGAAGCGAAGAAGGAUGGAAGCAAGGAAGGAGGGAAGUGAGGAAGGAAGGAAGCGAGGAAGCAAGGAAAGAGGGAAGCGAUGAAGCAAGGAAGAAAGCGAGGAAGCAAGGAAGGAAGCGAGGAAGCAUGGAAGGAGGGAAUGAAGCAAGGAAGGAUGGAAGAAAGGAAGGAAGUGAGGAAGAAAUUUGUGAAGGAAGCGAGGAAGCAAAGAAGGGGGAAAGAAGGGAGCGAGGAAGAAAAAAAGCAAGGAAGGAAAGAGGGAAACGAGGAAAGAAGGAAGCGAAGAAGCAAGGAAGGAAGGACCUGAGGAAGCAAGGAAGGAUGCAAGGAAGGGAACGAGGAAGAAAGGAAUCCAAGAAGCAAAGAAGCAAAGAAGGAAGGAAACGAUGAAUCAAGGAAAGAAGGAAGCAAGCAAAGACGCAAGAAAGGAAGGAAGGAAAAAAGCAAGGAAGGAAGUAAGUAAGGAAAGAAGGAAGAAGGCGAGAAAGCAAGGAGGGAAGGAAGCAAGGAAGGAAUGAAGCGACAAAGGAAGGACGCGAGGAAGAAACGAAGGAAUCGAGGAUGCAAGGAAGGAGGAAAAAGGAAGCGAGGAAGGAAGGAAGCAAGGAAUGAAGGAGGGAAGUGAGGAAGGAAGGAAGUGAGGAAGGAAGGAAAGAAGGAAGCGAGGAAGCAAGGAAGAAAGCCAGCGAGGAAGCAUGGAAGGAAGGAAUGAAGCAAGGAAGGAAGGAGGAAAGGAAGUGAGGAAGAAAUUUAUGAAGAAAGCGAGGAAACAAAGAAGGAGGAAAGAAGGGAGCGAGGAAGGAAAAAAGCAUGAAAGGAAAGAGGGAAGCGAGGGAGGAAGCAAGGAAGGAAUGAAGCAAAAAAGGAAGGACGCGAGGAAAAAACGAAGGAAUCGAGGAAAGAAGCGAGGAAGCAAGGAAGGAAGGAAGCCAGGAAGGAAGGAAGCAAGGAGGGAAAGAAGCAAGGAAGGGAGGAAGCAAGGAAAGGAAGGAUGCAAGGAAGCGAAGAAGGAAGGAAGUGAGGAAGCAAGGAAGGGAGGAUGCAAGAAAGGAAGGAAGCAAGCAAGGAUGGAAGGAAGGAAGCGAGGAAGGAAGGAUGCAAGAAUUCGAGGAAGCAAGGAAGGGAGGAAGGAAGGGAGGAAGGAAGCGAGGAGGGAAGCAAGGAAGGAAGCAAGAAAGAAAGAAGGGAAGUGA